UCUUUGUUCUGGCAGCCAUUUUCAUCUGAUUGUGUGAAAACACAGUCGGAGAAUCCGUUUCCAUCUUGCCAGAAGGAACGGUUUUUACAAUAAUCCAUUAUGUUCUCUUUACUACGGAAACUUCUCUUUCUUUUUUUUUUAAUUUUACCGGCAUCGCUAGUUCUGAUUGGAAAUGAUGUAUGUGUUAUGGCCCGGGAAGACGAAGUUGAAAACGAACAAGAGGUCGCACAACCAACCGAAGCAGACGCUACAGAGGCUACAGUAGAUGAGGAAUAUGUUGAAGAAGUUGUUGAAGAUGCGGAUGAUGGAAAGGUGGAUGCUGAAGAUGAAGAAGAAGAUGACAAGGAAGACAGUCCAGCUCCAGCAGACUCUAAAACUGAUGCAGAGUCUACUGAGGAAGAAGAGGAAAAGGAAGAAACUCUCAAGCCAUCUCCUGAUGCUGAUACAGUUAUUUUCUUCACCAAGCCUGGAAACCAAGUAUUUCCAGCUGGGGAAGUAAUCAAGUGUCUCAUUGGCCUUGGUAAUAAUGGCAAGAAUGAUUUUAUUGUGGAACAUGCGGAAGCUUCUCUCAGGUAUCCUCAAGAUUACACCUAUUACAUCCAAAACUUCACUGGUUUCCAAUAUAACAUUGUUGUACAACCAGGCAAUCAGGCAUCCUUUGAAUAUGCAUUUAAACCUCAUGAAUCAUUUGGCGGGCGUCCAUUUGGUUUAACUGUUAACUUGGUCUACAAGGACUCGGAAGGUAAACCAUUCAUGGAUGCAGUCUUCAAUGAAACUAUCACCAUAACAGAAAGCGAUGAAGGAAUUGAUGGUGAAACCUUCUUCCUGUAUGUGUUCUUGGCAGCAAUAGCUCUGCUGUUAGUUUUAGCUGGUCACUAUGCUCUCACGUCAGUCAAGGGAAAGAAACCAGCCUCCAAGCCUGUAAUUGAGAUGGGUACACAACAGAAUGCUGAUAUUGACUAUGACUGGCUCCCCAAAGAAACAACCACAGAGUUUGUUGGCAAAAAUUCUCCUCGCCGUUCUCCAAGAAACAGACGUCAGAAGCGCAACACAGGCUCUGAUGAAUAGUCAUUAAGUUAUUAGAUAUAUCAAUUGUGAACUUACUGUGGCUGGCCUAUUUACUUUGGUGUGUUACACACUGUCUGAAUCUUUAACAAAAACUUUUCACUGAAGAAACAGUAGGUAAUGCAUCACUAACUUGCUUUUUUUCCCCAGUUUGACACUUAUUGUAGACCCUUAUCUUGUUAUGACGUAUAAUUAUGUUCUGUGGUUGAAGCUUUUGGUCAACUUUUGGUUAUCUUAUAAACAUUAUGCUGGUUCUUUUUUUGCUUGUCCAAUCAAAAUCAAGUAAUCUUGAAAAGCAAAUACGCUUGAUAUUUUUUGUCAGGCCUGAAGCCAUUUGCUUUCUUGAUUGGAUGAUUGGUUGAGAAACUUGGAAACUAGCUGAAAUUUCAUUCUGUGAUCGCAACUCGUCUAAAAGAUUUUGCAACCACUAACAGUGUAUUAUAAUGUAAUGAAUUUUUAAGAGUUCUAGGAAACAAAUUAAAAUCCUCUGACUUUCGCUCAAAUUGGCUGCAGAACGCAAAACCAUGUUCUUCAUGUACAAUUCAUGACUUCAUAGAAGAAGUGUUAUUGAUUAAAAAAUAUCUAAACAAGCCA